AAAACUUGCAAAUAAAGAAACUAUUCAAGAAAUUAAGCGAAUUAAUUAUGUAGAAUUCUACAAACUUACCAAAACAUUAGAAAAACUGGCAUUGUUAUGUGAUGAUAAAAAUGAUGGUAGCUGUGAAGGUGAAAAUAGUAUAGACGAUGAAUAUAAUGAUUAA